AAACCUACGCCCCGCACGCAUCCAUUUCCCAUUCUCCAAAUCCCUAGACCCGAUGCUGCUUGCCGAUCGCCGCCAGCUCGCGGCCCCGCCACCGCCGCCAAACUCGCGUCGUCGCUUUCUCCCUCCUCUCCGCCCUCGUGCGACAUGAAGGGGUGGGCAUCGUCAGCCGGGAAGCAGCUCCAUGAAGGGGUUGGCCGCCGUGGGUCAGGGGCGGCUUCUCCGUCGAGCCAUCUUCGUCCGCUCCAUGGCCGUGAUCUCGCCGGCGCCGACAAGACGAAGGACGGCGAACCGUGGGCCAAGGUCACCGGCGAGGUGUGGUACAUGGAUGUUGAUUUUUGCAAGGGGACAGAAGCACUACCUGAAUUUGACUGGAGCAUACCUGUUUCAUCUCCUGAUACUAUGUUCAAUGGCACUGACAGUAGUGACAAAUGUUGUCAUUUUAUGAACCCAGAACGAAGAGUUUGCUCUGAAGGAUACGAUUAUGGUUGUAGGUUUCUUGUCUAUCCUGUUGAGGGUAAUGACACAUGUGCUUAUCUGAAGUGGGUGGACAAAGAGUGGCAGGGGAGGCCUAGGCAGGUUAUUGGCAAACUUGCUGAAGAGAAUGUUUCUUUGCAAAAAUCUGUCUUUGACAAGGAUGCUGAAAUUGUGAGUCUGAAGGCAGAGAGGAAGGCCAUAAAGAUGAACCAAAAGAAGAAGCUGAAGAGUAAGGAUAGUAGGGAUAUUUGGUUAGCCUGUUUGGUCUGCUGCUCUGCAGUGUUGUAUGUUGUUGUAUCUCUGAUGAUAAGAGGUUUUGUGUAGGAAUGUAAUGUUCAGUUGCACCCAUUUGCAAGAUGUACUGAUUAGCUAAAUGUUCAGUGUAGUAAAACAUCCCAUGUUGUUUGCUGAAAACAUUUGCAGCAAAAGUUGAUGUUUGCAAAAAUUGCCCCGUUAAAUGUUGUUGUGAUUCACUUUUGUUUGACAAUUGAAUGUUGAAACCGAAUUUGACAGACAACUGAAGGUUAUGAAAAACUGAAAUUGACAGCCCACGGAUUUGUUUUGAUUGACAACAUGAAAGGCACAUAGACUCGUUUUGAUUGACAACAUAAAAGACAACAUUACAAUGGCAUAA